AAACUUGCAUCUUUGGUUCUAUCAGCAAUGACAAUUUUUCCAGAGGAGUAUUGUACAUUCAAAUACUUUGAAGCAUCAUGUUUGGCUAUAGAUGCUCUGUGCAAUUUCCAUGGUAACCAGGAUAUUUGUCAGCGGGCUAUAGAGCUAUGUGCAAGUCUGUGUGCUAAGCUUACUGAGGAAGAAAAACUUGCUCUUGGCUCAGAGAAAAACAUUAUGACCAUGUUUAAUAUUAUUCAAGAAAAGAUCAGUGCAAGACAGGAGGAUCUCACAUUGAGUAAUGCAUUUACUGUUCUAGAGAAAUUAACUGAUGAGAUACCGAGCACUUGUUCUCUGUUUGUUGAGAAAGGAGGUUUUCAAUUGAUGGUGCAAGGCCUGAAGGUGUUCAGAGAAGGAAGCCAAGAGAAAAAUUUUGGAAUCAAAAAGGAUCUUCUUAUAGAACUGAACAUUAUUGCUGAGGUCCCAAGUCUGAGGCACUUACUUGUCACAGAUGAAUUCAUGAAUCUUAUGGGGUCUCUCCUGGAUGACGGGCUUCUCCAGUUAUCCUAUUUUUGUGGUGGAAUUUUGUCCAAUGUUAUGCUGGAGUGGUCUGAUGAUAGAGAGCCAAUGUCACACAGCAAACAGCAUUUACUUCAUAGGCUGGAACAAGCUGUGAACCGAUGGGAAUUUCCUGCAGACCAGUUUGUUAGAUAUAAGUCAUUCAGAUCUUUUGUCCCACUCCUCCAGUGCGCUAUGCCUGCUGUGCAGAUGUGGGCUUUGUGGGGAAUCAUAAAUGUCUGCACCACUAACAUGCAACAUUAUGACCCUCUUCUUUCUGAUGUUGAAAUCCCAGAUAUUGUUCAGAGGGUCUUAAAAACAUCACACAAUGGAGUCAGAGAGCUGGCACAAAAGCUUUUAAAUACUGUGGUCAAUUUUGAGCCAAGUCAGAAAAAGAGAAAAUCUUAACUAUUGUGAAGGGACUUUCAAUGACAACCUUAUAACAUUUGACUGGGAUUAAGUUUACUUUUUGACGCUUAAAAAGCAAUAUUAUCAAUACAAUUUUCUCUUCAAAUUCCUUUAGCAGAUCUUUGUGAAAUUUUUACAAGUAGGAUUUGUGACAGUGGAAUAAAUAAUUUCA